GAAUGAUAGCUUAGACAGGUAGACAGAGAGGCAAGCAAGGCCGGCUCCAUGCAGCCUGUGAGAUGAGACCAUAGGAAAGAUUGGUUCUGGUUCCUGGAGCCGCGCUGUGGUAUGAUGAGUAUGAUGGUGGGAGAGCUCGUGCUGGCUGCUCCGGCGAUCUUGUUCUCCUUGCUCCUGACGCUGGUGAUGAGUCACUUCCUACCUUUGCUCCUGAAUCCCAAGGCUCCCAGGGGCAGCUUCGGAUGUCCCCUUGUUGGUGAGACCCUGAGGUUCCUCACCCCUCAUGCUUCCAACACACUGGGCAGCUUCCUGGAUGAUCACUGCUCCAGGUAUGGGAGGGUGUUCAAGUCCCAUCUGUUCUGCACCCCCACCAUAGUGUCCUGUGACCAGGAGCUGAACCACUUCAUCCUGCAGAAUGAGGAGAAGCUGUUCCAGUGCAGUUACCCCAAGCCAAUUCAUGGCAUACUGGGCAAGUCCUCCAUGCUGGUGGUCCUGGGGGAGGACCACAAGAGGCUCAGGACCCUUGCUCUAGCGCUGGUUACCUCCACAAAGCUUAAGCCAAGCUACCUUGGUGACAUUGAAAAGAUUGCACUGCACAUAGUUGGCUCAUGGCAUCAUGGCAAGGCCAGCAAAAUCACCUUCUGUGAUGAGGCAAGGAAGUUCGCAUUCAGUGUGAUAGUGAAGCAGGUGUUGGGGCUGUCACCAGAGGAGCCAGUCACUGCCAUGAUACUGGAGGACUUCCUCACCUUCAUGAAGGGCCUCAUCUCUUUCCCUCUUCGCAUCCCAGGGACCCCCUAUGCCAGAGCUGUCCAGGCCAGGAAGAGGAUAUCAAGCACUGUGAAGGGCAUUAUUGAGGAGAGGAGAAAAACUGGCUCCUGCAAGAAGGAUGAUUUCCUCAAUGUGCUCCUGUCAACCAAUGAGCUCUCCGAUGAGGAGAAAGUGAGCUUUGUGCUGGACUCCCUACUAGGAGGAUAUGAGACCACCUCACUCUUGAUCUCCAUGGUUGUAUACUUCCUUGGACAAUCAGCUACAGAUCUAGACCUAGUGAAGAGGGAGCAUGAAGGCAUAAGAUCUACCAAAGGCAAGGAGGAGUGCCUGAGCUCUGAGGACUACAAGAAGAUGGAAUAUACCCAACAUGUUAUCAAUGAGGCGCUGAGAUGUGGAAACAUUGUCAAGUUUGUCCACAGGAAGGCUCUCAAAGACGUCAGAUACAAAGAGUAUCUGAUUCCAUCUGGCUGGAAGGUCCUACCUGUUUUCAGUUCUGUUCAUUUGAACCCCUCACUUCAUGGAAAUGCUCAACAGUUCCAGCCUCGCAGAUGGGAGGGAGCAAGCCAAGGAACAAGCAAGAAGUUUACGCCAUUCGGCGGUGGCCCUCGGCUCUGUCCUGGAUCAGAACUUGCCAAAGUAGAGGCUGCUUUCUUCGUUCAUCAUCUUGUGCUCAAUUUCAGAUGGAAAAUCGACGGCGAUGACGUUCCAAUGGCAUACCCGUACGUGGAGUUCCCGAGAGGUCUGCCGAUUGAAAUCGAGCCAAUUUGAUCUGAGUCUUGAGUGGGUUCUUUGCAGCUGCAGCCAUGGUGGUGAGUAACAAAAGAUUGCAAGAAGUGAAAAAACACCGAAGACUAGCUAGCUAGUGUAUCUGGCAUGAGGAAGCUGGGGAGGUGGUGAUCUGCUCUGUACAUGGUGUAGAUAUAUUUUGUCCAGUGGUGAUUACUCGAGGUGGUUGGUUCACCUCACCCUGUAACAUUCUCUACUGUUUGGAGUACUGCUCUAUAGGAAAAAAUUGGGCCCUCUCGAUUCACAGGGGUAUAUCCCAUUUAUUUGUUCUGGAAAU